CGCCCCUCCUUCGCAAAUGACAGCACCAGUAGCCACCGCCGUCCCUCAGAUUCCACUACAUCCGCUCGCAGCUUGAGAUCGUCAGCCAUGUCCGGGCGCGGCAAGGGCGGGAAGGGACUCGGCAAGGGGGGCGCCAAGCGCCACCGGAAGGUGCUGCGGGACAACAUCCAGGGCAUCACCAAGCCGGCGAUCCGGCGGCUGGCGCGGAGGGGUGGCGUGAAGCGCAUCUCGGGGCUCAUCUACGAGGAGACCCGCGGCGUGCUCAAGAUCUUCCUCGAGAACGUCAUCCGCGACGCCGUCACCUACACCGAGCACGCCCGCCGCAAGACCGUCACCGCCAUGGACGUCGUCUACGCGCUCAAGCGCCAGGGCCGCACCCUCUACGGCUUCGGCGGCUAGGUCCGGCCGACUGUCGCCUGUCUUCGUCGCAGCCUGCAGAUUCCAAAAGCUUGAUGGAACCCUGACUUGUUCAGUUCGCUAUUUCCUCUGUCUGUAGUUCGUUGGAAAUGAAACUUGUCUCUGUCAGUCUGUCGUAAA